CCUUCUUGUUUGGUCAUUGUCAUGGAGAGCAUAAUUUAUCACAACACAAAUAAAUAUUGUAUGAGUUUGAAUCUGUCUUCCGUCGUGGAGUAAAGUCUACCUGGUAUCAUUUUAACCCCCCCCCCUCCUUUGAUUUUUUUCUUGAAGUUUGUUGUAUGUACCUCCCGGUCCCUUAUAAAGAUUAAUACUACUUUCGAGGACUAGGUGUGGAUCCAAAGUUCUCUAAACUAACCAUAUUAACAUAGAUAAAUCUCAUUGUGUAAACAAGUCGCCAUUAAUUAUGAACAAUAGGCAAUAAAGGAAGAUCAUAAACACUAUUACCGAGCAUUAAUUACAUACAUGGGGUGAGAGAAAGAAAGAGAAAGAGGGAAGAGAUGGAAGGAAAAAUAGAAAUCUAUAGAUUAUUACUAUGAUAUAAACUAUAACGAAUGCUUUAGUUUCAUUCUCGUCGAAGGAUUACAUUGGUUACCAGUAUUGAUUAACACUUGACAUUUAUGGUUGUGUCAACAAAUUUGUAUGAAUUUCGCUGUCGAAGAUUUUAAGUAGAAUCCCCUUUCAUUAAUUUUACUUGUUCUUCCGCAUUGGCUCCGUCCACAUAAGAGCAGCCGAUAUUACCACCUGUUAUUCAUACCUGAUACUGGAAAGGAUCUUCUUUGGCAUAAAGUUCUGUAUCAUCUCGAUGUCUUCAACUCAAGAAAGCAGGUUUAAUGAUGGAUCACCAUCGGGUGAAAUGGUCGAAGCCAAUUCUACAGAUGAAGAUUCUAAUUGUUGUGCCUUAGCUUUGACAAUCCUCUCAUGGGUUAUUGUGGUCUGCACCUUCCCAUUCUCACUGUUUGUCUGCAUUAAGGUGGUUCAGGAGUAUGAAAGGGCGGUUAUCUUCAGACUUGGACGUCUCUUGUCUGGUGGCGCUAAAGGUCCAGGGCUUUUCUUCGUCUUACCUUUCAUUGAGGAAUAUACCAAGGUAGAUCUUCGUACCAUUUCGUUUGAUAUUCCUCCUCAAGAGAUUCUGACCAGGGAUAGUCUUGCCAUCUCCGUGGAUGCUGUGGUCUUCUACCGCGUCAAGAACGCCACUCUCAGCAUCGUCAACGUGGAAAAUGCAGAUAAUUCAACAAGACUCCUAGCUCAGACAACACUUCGUAAUGUCCUGGGCACCAAGAACCUGGCCGAGGUCCUUGCAGAACGUGAAGGUAUCAGUCACUACAUGCAGUCCACCCUGGACCAGGACACCGACCCUUGGGGUAUCCAAGUAGAGCGAGUUGAGAUCAAGGAUGUUUGUUUACCAGUCCAGCUCCAGAGAGCCAUGGCUGCUGAAGCUGAAGCUUCCAGAGAGGCUAGGGCUAAGGUGAUUGCCGCUGAAGGAGAACAGAAUGCUGCUCGUGCUUUGAAGGAAGCUGCAGAUACUAUUGCGGAAUCUCCAUCGGCUCUUCAACUGAGGUACUUACAGACCCUUAACACUGUUUCAGCAGAGAAGAACUCAACCAUCAUCUUUCCACUUCCAAUUGAUCUUCUCCAGGGCUUCUUGAACAAGUAAAUUUCUACAUCACGUGAUAGAAAAAUUUGCAUAAUGAUCAUUGACACUAGUCAUGAUGAGUUGCAGAGACUGUUAAAUCAAUAAUUCUUGUUCUUCGUUGUGCAAAUUUGUGUAAUUGAGGUAGUGUACCACAAUAUAUAGCUCAUAAUAGAAUCAUUCAUUAUGAGAUCAUGACCGGAUAAUUUUAGCAUGGUAAUGAUAAAUAUUGGCUCUUUAUAUGUAACUCCGAGUUCCAUGUAUUAGAACAUUAUUUUGGAGAUUGAAAACGUUGUAUUUCAGUGAUGCUGCUCUGAAUAGAUCGAGGUAAUUUUUUCUCCAAAUUUUGCGCACUGUAUAAAAUUUGGCUACAUACUCUAUAUUGUAUUGUCACCCUUGUUGAAGAUGUAGCCUCGGGAAAACAUAAUUGUUGUCAUUAACAUCAAAACAUGUGUCAAUGUUAUAUAUAAUUGAAAUAAUGGUCGGUCAACAUCAUGGUCGUCACUAUGACUGUAUAUAUUUCUUGCUGGCCCCUAGUGCAUGUAAUCAAAAGGUUAUGAAAAUCAUUUAGAGAAUAUACUUUUCUGCAGUUUGGGGUGAGAAAACUACGUAUGAUUUUCUGUUUAAUUACAUCACUUGAUAAUGCAA